AUGUCUUCAAUUCCAGAUGAUCCAUUUUCAGACCCCUUGAAUCCCCCUCAAUCCGCGCAACCAUUUCAGUCACUAUUUGGAGGCCCUGCCAGUCAAGAUGUGGAUCUCGAACCGUACCCAGAAAGUGAACAUGGUGCUGGCACCCAUGAAGAUCACGAUGAUCUCGACGUUACCAUGGGCGAUAUACCCAUGAUGGAUGAUAACCAGUCAGAUGCAACAUACCACGCCAGUAAUGAAGAUGACUCAGAAUCGAGGAAUGAGGCCAAUGCAUUGCCAAAGAAGCGCAAGAGGCCGGCUGUGGUGGCUAGGUCGCUUAGUCCGCCGUCGUCUCCUGAAGAGCGGCCUAAUAGAUUUCGUGGUCCUGAGUCUACGUGGAGGAGGUUAACGGCGGAAGAGCGGCGGAAUGCACAGGCUUUGGAGACGAUUCGGGCGAGGGAUCUUGCGGCCCAUCUUUACAAUUCUUAUGCGCUUCGCGUACGGGCCCGUGAAAGAGGGCGGAUGACCAUGAAGGAGGAUAAACGAGUGGAUGAAACAGAAGCAUUUGCGCCUCCCAAGGGAUGGGCGGCGUGGCCCAUGUCUGCUGAUAAGGUGCCUCGAGCGGAUGAGCGUUUCAGAAGAGAGGAGGACGCCGCAUGGACGUUAAGGAUGUCAUCUGAUCCACGGCCUAGUGCUGAUUUGGAAGAAUCGGUUAUCGCUAUGAUGCUCAAAACCGCCAAGGAGAGGUUCGAGGCUAGGGAAUGGGACCGCAAGCGCACGAUAUCCCAACCUAGAACGUCUGCUGCAGUUCGAGUUGACGCCAAUGACGAAAGUACGGCUUAUGAAGGAAGUAAUGGGGGGUAUAUGGAUGAUGACGAACUUCGACCUGUGGUUCAGGCCGAUGACGAUAAAUCCAGACGACAGUUACGGCCCCUUUCUCGAAACGUUCUCACUCAGUUCGACCAACUUCUGAUGGGACUGCAUCAUGCGCAGACAGGGGGUGCUCGAGGAGGCGACAGCUCAGCAAGUGAAAUGCAGUCAGAUACGGAGAGUAUGGCUUCAAGCAGAUCAUCUCCUAGGAAAAGAAAUCCCGGAGAGACUGAGAGAAGUCAGUCACGAGGCCGGAAACCAUCUCUUCGCUCUUCUCAACAUGAAGGGCCUCGCUCUUGCUCCAAAGUACAACAUACAUCACGCUCGCGCGGAAGGUCACUUGGUCGAGGACACGGACCAUCUACAAGUCGCCUUCGAGGCGGACGCGGUCUCCGUGAUUGGAGUGAGGUCUUGGGUGUUGCAGCCAUGAUGGGCUGGCCGCCUGCUGUAGUGAUGCGUACAGCCAAACGGUGCUCCGCCUUGUUCGGAGAAGACAUGGCAUUCCAGCAAUUCAACGAAGGAACAGUGAAACCUAUUGAGGAAGACAAAGCGCAAGACGUGCAAUAUAUGGAAAGCGAGUCCGAGUCUGAACCCGAGCCUAAAAGCCCUACUCCUCCCCGUAUAUCUCGUCAAUCAUCCAAAAAUCCACGGUCCAGGGCAUCCUCUGUCAGACAUGAGUCUACUUCCAGGCCUGCUAGUCCUGCGACUGCUGACAACGCAGAGCGCAAGGGUAAAGGGCAGCAUCGCAAGCAAGACUUGGUAUGCCCAUUCAAAUCUUGUCGCCGGCAUGUGAAUGGCUUUUCGCGGACGUGGAAUCUGAAUCUCCAUAUGAAGCGCGUGCACCCGGGUCACCGUCCGAGGACACCUGCGCCUAUUAACAUUGAUGCUGGAAAUGGGGAUGAGCAAUGA